AUGCUGGACUCUUUGCGGAGACUGUUCCACCAUAAACAUGGUCGAACCGUCUUGCCCAAGACCUACGGAGAACGCACAUCCGAGACUAGCGACGACUCUUACCAGCUCGAACCGCUCACACUCAGCUUCGAGCUGGAGUCCAGUGGUGGGUGGGAAGUUGAUGGCAUCUGUCGAGAGUCUGAUCUCACUGAGCCCGGUGUUGACCAGAUUACAAACAAAGACUUUGCGCUGCCGUUCGAUAGCCAUAUCAGCAUUGCGAAAGACAAUCACGUCCUUGACAAAGCAGAUAAAGGAUUGGCCGCUUGCAAAAGCACCGCAGCUGACGGCAAACGUACGACUCCUGUUGCUGGGAGCCAAUCAUCCGUCGCCUCCACUCUGACUUUCGGGCUUGCUGGGUCCAUCUUCGAUAAGAUACAUCAACACAAUAGCAACACGACGACGAACGGAUCAACUACGAUUAUUCGUUCCGGAAUGGACGACAUGGGCGACGCAUCGACGGCAGUGAACCUUCACGACGACAUAUCGGAGAGCUUUGACAUGACCUCGGAUCCGUCGAGCCGUAGCCAGCAAAGGGAUAGCGCAUCCUUGCGAAACACACAAGGAUACCAAGGAUGUGACAACCUUCCACUGCCAAGUAACAAGACGCAGCCGCAAGACGGUAAUACAUGCACACGUGCAAAGAGUGGAGCAGAUUCUGGCACUGAGGACGAUCGCGACACCACCGUCAAGACAGAUGCAUCUGAAGCCGGAGUGUCUCGCUUUGAUUGGGAAAAGAUUCACGCAAUUCCUGAUUCGACAUUCAGAGAGCUACUGCAUUCGGUUAUCGAGAGCUACUGCUCCGUCGAUAUUGCUUUAGAGGAAUGCCACGUUACGCAACGCAUGGAUGGCGGAUUUCAUCAUGUUGUGUUCAUGGCAGCCAUAAAAGACGAGCCUCCAAACCGUCGUAUCGAACGAUAUGUUUUCAGAGUCCCUGCUAUUGGAACUGCAGCCCGGUGGCAGCCAGGCGAUCAGCACAACCUGCACUGCGAAGUGGCCUUGAUGCAGUGGCUGCGAAACAAAACUUCUAUUCCGGUACCAGAAGUUGUUGACUUCGCUUUAGAUAUCGAGACCUCUUUCAUCGGCGCACCAUACAUCUUGAUGAAGCGCAUGCCAGGAAAAGCCGCGCAAAACGUCUGGUAUGACAAGCCUAGUGAUCGCAAUCAUGUCACUACCAAUUGCAUUUCUCCAGAAACGGAAAAGAAGCGUCGUAAUAUUCUGCGUUCACUUGCGCAGUGUAUGUCACAGCUAAGAGACGUGAGCUUCAAUGAAAUUGGCCUUGUAGAUUGCAAGGACGCACUUUCUUUGGGCGCGACGCCAACAACUACAGUCUCAUAUCGCUGGAAGCCGCCGUAUGAACUCACUGCGGAGGAUCUAGAAGGACCAACCCAAGUGUACCGAUAUGCACCAUUCAAGAAGAACCUGGACUAUUGGAAGCUGAACCUAGAGGAGAGCUGGCCUGCGAUCCCUGAACACGAUCCAGAUGUUGAUCAAGAUGCACUGAACAUGGUAUCUGGAAUACGUAUGAUCAUCGACAUGCUUCACGACCACCCAACCAUCGCCGUUUCGAAGAAGGACCCCGCAGACGCCGACGAGAACGAGACGUUCGUCAUCCGUCACCCUGAUCUCGAUCUACAGAACAUCCUCGUAGACGACGACGGCAACGUCACAGGCAUCAUCGAUUGGGAUAAUUGUCUCGCCGUCCCUCGCUGUAUCGGCUAUGCUUCACUACCCGACUUCCUCCGUCGCGAUUGGAACGAGGACUUUUCUCUCGCUGACUCGCCCCACAUGCCAACAUGGGAGAUCCAGAAGUACGCGGAUAUCUAUGCCGAUGCCAUGGCAGAGACUGGUUGCGUCGACGCGAAAUACACGCGUAAGUCUGGCAUGUAUCGUGCUAUUGCUGGUGCAAUUGAUCAUGGCGAUAUCACGGAUGUGAUUGAGAAGCUAUUUGCUCAUAUUCCAGGGUUGAGGAUGAGUAAUGUUGUGGAGCUUCAGCGACUGAUAGGUGGAGGAUGGGUUGAGGGUGAGGAGUAUAUCAGGAAGGCGAUUGGGGAGUUGUUAGAGCCCAGCAGCCGCUUUACUUGA